AUGAGAGGCAAUGGAAGCUACCUCCUGGGGAGCGCGCUACUUGUUUUCCUGCCCUCGGUUUCUAACGCCUUCUAUCUUCCUGGUGCAGCACCCCACAACUAUAAGCAGAGCGAUCCCGUCAAUGUUUAUGUCAAUGCGCUCACUCCCAUGCUCACUGGAACUGACAACUCAAAGCUGAAAUCACUCAUCAACUACGACUACUACAAUCCUCGUUUUCACUUUUGUGCACCAGCGGGGGGUGCUCAGGGUCAGCCCGAGUCCUUGGGAUCGAUACUAUUCGGCGACCGAAUAUUCACAUCUCCAUAUGAUAUCAAAAUGCUGGAGGCUAAUGGUACUUGUCAAACGCUGUGUGCCACCGAUAUACCUGGAGAAGACGCAAAAUUCAUCAAUGAGCGAAUCCGUGAGGAUUAUGCUCUCAACUGGCUGGUGGAUGGUCUGCCAGCUGCUGAAAUGAAGAGAGACGCGAAGACUGGGGACAUCUUCUUCGAUAUGGGGUUUAACCUUGGAAAUGAUGACGAUGAGGUGCCCUACCUAAACAACCACUAUGAGAUUGUUCUGAGAUAUCACGAGCCAUCACCUGGAGUUUACCGCGUUGUCGGAGUCCUGGUGUGGCCACUUAGCCGCGGCGGGUCACAAGAAGACACAAGUACGCCGAACUGUGAUGUCGAUGUUCAACCAUUACGUCUAUCUGAAAAUGAAUCAAAUCAUGUACGGAAUCCUGACACACCAUGGGCCACUCGAUGGGACAACUAUCUCCACAUCUUUGAUCCCCGGAUACAUUGGUUCAGUCUCAUCAACUCAAUUAUCAUCGUCGUCUUCCUUUGUGUUAUGGUAGCCAUGAUUCUGUGGCGCACCGUCUCUAAAGAUAUUUCGCGAUACAAUGCAAUUGAUCUUAGUGAAGAUGUUCAAGAAGACUGGGGCUGGAAACUCGUACACGGAGAAGUUUUCCGCGCGCCCAGAUACCCAAUGGUGCUUUCCGUUAUGGUAGGAAAUGGUGCUCAGUUGUGCGCCAUGUGUUUGGUUACCCUUGUCUUUGCGUUGCUGGGCUUCCUUUCGCCUUCUAACCGUGGCUCUCUUGCUACUGUCAUGAUGGUGUGCUGGACCCUUUUUGGAGGGAUCGGAGGUUAUUAUUCGAGUAGAAUAUAUGCAUCGCUUGGUGGCGUUGAUCGCAGAAAGAAUGCGUUCCUUACGGCCACCAUUCUCCCCACACUGGUAUUCGUGGUGAUCUUCUUGUUGAACUUCUUCCUUCUCGUUGCCGGUUCCUCGGGAGCCGUUCCUUUCUCCACUAUGCUCUUGAUCGUUGUCCUCUGGUUUGGAAUUUCUGCUCCGCUAUCUGCGAUUGGAUCAUACAUUGGGUCAAGGCAAGGAGGCAUAUCACACCCCGUCAGAGUCAAUCAAAUACCCCGUCAGAUCCCGCCGUCUCCUCGACACCUUCGACCAUGGGCCUCCACGCUACUCGCAGGUAUCCUGCCGUUUGGGGCUGCAUUCGUGGAACUAUAUUUCGUCAUGUCUAGCCUCUUCGCAUCCCGCGCCUACUAUGCAUUUGGUUUCCUCGCGCUAACAGCAGGAGUUGUUACACUCACUACUGGCACCGUGACCAUCUUGUUUACAUACUUCAACCUCUGCGCUGAAGAGUACAGGUGGCACUGGCGUGCCUUCUUAACUGGUGGUGGGAGUGCAUUUUGGAUCUUGGCAUAUGGACUCUUCUAUUGGUUAUCUCGACUUUCGCUGGACUCGCUUUCAAGCGUCACAUUGUACCUCGGGUAUUUGUUCUUGAUAUGCCUUUUCGAUUUUCUUGUCACUGGGACCAUUGGAUUCCUCGCAUCUUACUGGGCUGUGCGGCGCUUAUAUAGUGCAAUUCGCGUGGACUGA